UAUAUUUUGGUUUUUAAUGUUAUGAGCCAGAAUUUGUUUUUUUUUUAUUAGUGCGCCGUGCCACUAAUAUUAGUAGCACGUGUGGCAAGUUUUUUAUAUAAAAUUUUUUGUAGGUGUCUCUAUUUAUUUUUUUUAUAUUGUUUUUUUUGGUCCCUAAAUAUGGCAGGCGUGUUACAAUACCACCUGCCAUGUUAUAUAUAUAUUUUUUGUGAUUUUUUUUAUAUAUAUUUAUAUAGGUACUUUGGGUGAUGCAUAUUAUAUAUCAUUAGUACAAUGUGGUGAUGUAGUGCAUUUUAUUCCGGGGUGUCCCAACGUCUUGCAAGCUAAGUCUAACUGCCUAAAACCAGUCGCUUACUUGGGACGUAUACUCACUAUGCUUAGCGGUAAUGCCGCGAUUAAUAGCCGGUGGGUACCCGAAGACGUUCAUCGUAUUCUCUAAUUGUAAAAGUGGUAUAGCAGUUCCUUAUAAAUGUUUUUUAAUUGAUAAAAAUUUGAAAACUCAAUUCAAAAGAGCUAAAUCUCCACUAUAUUACAACCCAGUUGAUGCAAAUUGGAAAAGAGCAAAAUGCAGCAGUUUAGGGCUUACGUACAAAGAACCCAUUUGGAAACAUGAGUUAACUUCGUAUAUGAUACCAGUUGAAUCGUUCCAUACUGAAUUCGCUUUACCUAUAGUAUUGUCUGAAUUAAUAUGCGGAGAUCGAAAUUUAAAGAAUCAUUUUGCGCGAAAUAUUGUAAAAAACCUAACAUCAAACGAAGAUAUUGAAAAACUUUUUGAAAAUAAAGAUUUGUUUGAAGAGUACAUAGCAAAUUCUAUGAUAAUCAAACGUCCAGAUAUACCAGUUGAUGUAAACGAAGAAAUAAAAUGUCCAGUUUGCUAUGAAAAAAAAUAUCGUACUUAUUAUUUUAAUGGAUGUACUCAUCGAGUGUGUGAAAUUUGUGCCGAUAAACUUAUAAUUAAAAUGAAUUAUAAUUGUCCAUUUUGUAGAAGAUUUUAUCCAGAAUCCAAUGAAAAUAAUGAAGUUGUAAUAAGUAUAUGGGAUACUGUAGAAAUUCUUGCUGCUGCAUAUUACUUAAAUGUUUGUAUUUAUGUCUAUGAAUUUCCAGAAAAUAUUUGGAUAUUAUAUCGGAACAUAUCGACUAGAUUUGAUUCAAAAAAUGAAAAGUGUAUCUAUUUAUAUAAAACUGAAAUUCAUUGGGGUGUCGUCACUAAUCUUACUUCACCUUAAAUUUUGAUGGAAUAAUGUAAAAGUUACAACUAAAUAGUAUAUGCGAACUUAUUUUCGUACUUGUAUAACGUAUCAUAUUAUACAUAUAUGACACUAUCAGUUUUUAAUCAUGUAACUUAUUGUUUUCAAUGCCAUAGCUGUCAUAUAUUUAUUUUUAACGCAAACCUUGAAGCAAAAUUUUUUUUAAUUUUUAUAAAUGUAAUUGUUACGUUUGAACGUAACAAAAAUUUUGUUACUUAUUAAUAAAUAUAUUGGUCUACAAGGAACUUCCAUCGAAAUCAAAAAUAUACUUUUCUAAAUCAAUUUUCGCACUCAAAUCUGAAAUUAGACUUUUUCUAUCAUUUUUAAGUUUUGGUAUUAUUACUAAUUAAUUAAGAACUAUAGAAUACGGAAUAUACUUCUCAAUAUUUCAAUCACAGCAUCUAUUUAAACACCAAGAGUUACAUAGAAAUGAAUAGUAUUUCUAUUGAAAUAAUUUAUUAUGAUAUAAAUACAAAUAAUAUAAUAAUUGAUUUUAACUAAAUUUUAGGCUUUUUUCAUCAAUAUAAUGUUAGUAGUAAUUAAAUAAAUUCUAAAUAAUAUGUCAAUCUAAAUAAAACAGUUUGUCAAUCUUCAUAAAAUUUUCUAUUUUAAUACGAAGAUUAGUAGGUAUUUAACCAUGAUGUGUUAAUUUAUUUUUUUUUUGUCUAUCACUAAUUUUCUUAGCUCUCACUAGACCAAUUUUUCUCAACGAUACGUCAAAAAAUAUCAAAUCGUAUCUAGUUGAAGAUAUUACUCCCAAAAAAUGACAAUUUUCGCAAUUGGUAAAUAUCGACAAAUUUUUUAUAAAAAUAUCCAUAACUUAUUUCAGCUUCAUUGGAAUUCUUUUAUCGCAUAACACCAGAUGCUUCUCUCCACUUCAACCACCCACAUCAAAUCUGUGUUAUAAAUCCUCGUCAAUACCACCGUUCUUUUGCACAACUUACCCUACAUACUUAAAAUAUUCCUCCUAUCUUAUCACGUCCUCGCCUAUUAUUAUUAAACUUCUGAUUUCACCUACCUCGUGUUUUCCUUUUUCAAACUCGUAUUAUGUAUACUCUAUCUUACUCCUACUUAUUCUUAAUCCGUUUCCUUCAAAACCUUUAGCCUUUGAUUAAUUUUCUCCUAUUAACACUAUAUCGUCAUCGAAUAACAUGCACCAAGACACCUCUCCUUGUAUUUCUCUAGGAAUUUCAUCCAUCACUAUAAAAAAUAAGUAAGGGCUUAAAGCAGAACCUUGGUUCAUUCCUACUCCUACUCCUAAUAAAACCUUAAAUUGCCAAUUUUAUCGAGCCACGAAUGUAACGAACGCUUGCCGAAUCGUUAACACUAGUGUAUUUAAAUUAGGCUUUUCUUAACCCUUCAUUAGGUAGGUUGGGUCUAUCAGACCUAAAUCUUUUCUUUUUUUGUUUCGUAAUUGUUAAAAUAUAUUUCUAAGUAUGUCUAUGUAAUUGUUAUUCACAUUUGAAGAAAUAAAAUUUUACCAUACAAAAGUAAAAUCAAUUUAAUUAUAUGGGUCUAUCAGAUCCAUGGUAUCUAUUAACAUAACAUUUUUUCACCUACCUAAUGAAUGGUAUACAAAUUAGUAAUAUUAAUUUUGAUUCCUAUAUGAUCAAAUUAAGUUUUUUAUUUUAUGUUCUUAAUAUUGAGUUAUUAUUAAUUACAAUAAACACUAAUUUCGUAAUUUCAUUUUCCUAUUAUAGAUUAAUGUUAAGAUUUACCCUAGUUAUUAACGUAGAUUUUAUCCAAAUUCUAUAUCUGUACUAGGGAUAUUUAAACAUUUUUUCUGAGUAUAGCCGAAUAAAAGUGUUGGCUAAUAUUAUGAAGUAUAAAAAUUAAUAUUUAUGAAAUAUUGUAUAUUUUUUUUUUUUUUGAAAGUCUAAUUCUGAUGAAAGUUCCUUGUAGUCCAAUUUAUUUAUUCAUAAGUAACAAACAUUUUCUUUUUUUUUUUUAAAGUAUUGCAUCAAGUUCUUUAAAUUUUUAUACACGUUAAAAGUAAAAAAAUGUAUUCAAAAUAAAAUAAAAAUAAAUAUAUAUUAAAUAUAUGUUAUAUAAAUAUUUAUUUAUAUAUUAUACUUUUAAAUCAAAGAACCAUUA